ACAAUUAAGAUUUUUCGGUGCAACAGUGUCAUUGUAGUCAUGAGACUUCCUAAUAUGAGUUCUGUUCUCUUCCAUAUCCUUCCACUUGUAUUGUUUUUUGCAGGACCAACAGAGUCAAGAAGAUAUCCAGCAUCAAAAUACUGGUUAAACAUCAUGAAAGACCAUCCUAUGCCAGAGGCAAUUCGCGAGCUUGUCAAUGAGAAUGCAUUAGCAAAUGAUUUUGAGCCACAACCAAAUUUCCUUUUCUAUGAUAAGUAUGGAAAAAAAGUUGUUUCCAGUGAUGCGAAAUCAUUUGCAAAUGAUUUUGAACCACAACCAAAUUUCCUUUUGUAUGAUAAGUAUGGAAAAAAAGUUGUUUCCAGUGACGCGAAAUCAUUUGCAAAUGAUUUUGAACCACAACCAAAUUUCCUUUUGUAUGAUAAGUAUGGGAAACAAGUUGUUUCUAGAGAUGCGAAAUCAUUUGCAAAUGAUUUUGAACCACAACCAAAUUUCCUUUUGUAUGAUAAGUAUGGGAAAAAAGUUGUUUCCAGAGAUGCGAAAUCAUUUGCAAAUGAUUUUGAACCACAGCCAAAUUUCCUUUUGUAUGAUAAAUCAUUUUCAAAUGAUUUUGAACCACAACCAAAUUUCCUUUUGUAUAAUAAGUAUGGGAAAAAAGUUGUUUCCAGAGAUGAGAAAUCAUUUGCAAAUGAUUUUGGACCACAACCAAAUUUCCUUUUGUAUGAUAAGUAUGGGAAAAAAGUUGUUUCCAGAGAUGAGAAAUCAUUUGCAAAUGAUUUUGAACCGCAACCAAAUUUCCUUUUGUAUGAUGGGAAAAAGGGCGUGUCCAAAGAAGAGAAAUCAUUUGCUAAUGAUUUUGAGCCACAACCAAACCUGCUAUUGUAUGACAAGCAAGAGAAAAAAGUUGUUCCCAUAGAAGAGAAAUGAUUCAAAGAUGAAUUUGAGCCACGGCCAAGCAAAGGAAUUCAUGAGGAUGGAAAAUUACCCACAGAAAAGUCUAUCCAAGAUUUGGGAUCUGCAAAAGCCUAAUAUCUCUUUAUGAUCGUCAACUAUGUCAAAAUCCAAGUCUAUGUUUUUAUUUAUAAUAUGCAUUUCUUGCGAUGUUUUCACUGUUUGAAUAAGAUGUGUGCUAAUGAGGCGUCUUGUAAGUUCUAAUGUCAAAUUAAUAUAAUAUGAAUAAAGCCGUGCUUUACUGCGUUACAGUU